GCGUAGCCGGCGCGGCCAAUCGGCGUCCCGGAAGGAGCGCGUUUCGGCGUCUGAGCUAGUGAAUGACAGCAGCGCCGCCCGCCGGUCGCGGCCGCGGCCCCGCCGGAGUCCCGAGCCUCCUGUCAGCGCGUCCCUCAGCUAGGCGAGCGGCGUGCGUCCCCGCGUGUCCGUGGCCCGGCGGGCUCUCCCCGGCCCCUGCCCUGUUGUCCCUCCGCUGCCGGCGCCAUGGGCAGCGAGCAGAGCGCGGAGGCCGAGAGCCGCCCCGGCGAUCUGAACGCCUCAGUGACCCCAUCUCCAGCUAAACAUCGGGCCAAGAUGGAUGAUAUCGUGGUUGUAGCUCAGGGCUCUCAGGCCUCCAGGAAUGUCAGCAAUGAUCCUGAUGUCAUCAAGCUGCAAGAGAUUCCAACCUUCCAGCCCCUUUUAAAAGGGCUCUUGAGUGGACAGACGUCCCCAACAAAUGCCAAACUGGAGAAGCUGGACUCUCAGCAGGUGUUGCAGCUCUGCCUACGGUACCAAGAUCACCUGCACCAGUGUGCAGAAGCGGUUGCUUUUGAUCAGAAUGCUCUAGUCAAGCGAAUCAAAGAGAUGGAUCUGUCCGUGGAAACCCUCUUUUGCUUCAUGCAGGAGCGCCAGAAAAGAUACGCCAAGUAUGCGGAGCAGAUCCAGAAGGUUAACGAGAUGUCGGCCAUACUGCGCCGCAUCCAGAUGGGCAUCGACCAGACGGUGCCACUGAUGGAGAGGCUGAACAGCAUGCUGCCCGAGACCGAGCGCCUGGAGCCCUUCAGCAUGCGGCCUGAGCGGGAGCGGCACUAGCAGGCACCUGGCCGCAGCUCCUCCAGCCUCGCGGGGCCCUAGUGUUUGCUUAGAUGCGGUUGACCGACACCCGACUUUCCCAGGUGGUCAUUCUUGAUUCCCGACGUUGGGACAGCUGAAUUCCUAUGAGUUCUUUAAAGAACAUUGCCUCCAGAGUUAUUUUUAUUUUGCUCAGAUUUUUUAAUUAAAAGUGUAUAUAGACGAGCUCCUGCAAUGAAACUGGAGAAAACGUUAAGAAACUGUGUUCUCCUUGGCACCCGGGAGACUCCUGCUUCUCUGGGUUGUGGUCAUAAAUAUAAGAUCUAAGUCCUGUUUCUGUCGCCACCACAGCUGCCAUCACAUCAGGGAGCUGACUGGCAGUGUCCUUCCCCCCUCCCGGAACACUGCCUGUUUCCAGGUCCCUGCCCCUCCUGUGGACCGCUGGAAACUGAAGGCGCCCUUCACUUACUCAUGAAGUUGUCGUCUGUUAGAGCUGCUUUCCCAUACGGAGUUCAGCCUUCUGUGACCGCGGGCAGACCUCGGCCUCCAUAACAAGGUGUGCACCAACAUCUGAUCGUACCCAGAGACCCGCUGAGCUCCGCUGAUGCUCCAGGGCCAUGUUGGGCUACCUAGCCUCUGCCUUCCACUGCCCACUGUGGAUCAUGAAGCUGAGGAAAGAGCUUCUGCCCAUCUCAGGAGUUCAAGGAAGAAAGGCCAAGGGAAAGGGGGGUGGAAUGAAUGCGGGACAGGCCUGAAGAGAAGAGCUGGGGUCUGAAGAGAUGGGGCUGGAGCCUGCAGCCGCUACCUUGCUCGCUGUAUUCCUCCAGAACCCAGAGUAUCAGGAGCCAGAAGAGCCUUCAGUGUUUUUAUAAGAUUAAAAUUAAUCUGCUUAAUUUAUUGUGUAACAGCUAAA